GGCGAGUGAGCCAGCGACGAUGGCGGACGCAUAUUCGUAUGCUCUGCUCGUCGAGCUCGAAGACAACAACGCACCGAGACUAAAAAACAAAUUAGUGAAAUACUUUCAGAGUAAGAAAUCUAACGGGGGCGACUGUGAAGUUGAAUAUGCCAACGGCAGCGGGACGGCGGUGUUACGCUUCCGCAGAGAGGAGGACCAACAAAAUGUUUUGCGGAAAGAGGCGCAUCAGAUCUCGUUGGAUAAAGGCGUGUUGAAGAUGACAGUCCGGUUAUUAACAGAUGAGACAACAACACAGGAAACUCCAUCUGAUGAGCUCAACUAUACAUUGAAUGCUGCCAUUGACAACAAGCGACCGAGAAUCGAUGAACCCACACCUGCAGUUGACACGCAGACAGAGGCGCAAGGCAGAGACGAUGAGGCGGCAGAUGAGGAGCUGCCGUGCUCCGCUUCAGCUGUUUUAGGAAACAUUCCAGAGACGGUAAACCAGGAGUUUCUAGAGAUGCUGGUGGAGAACAUCUUAAAGGAUCCUGACUCUCCAGCUGCCACCGAAAGCUUCAUUUUGGAAGUCAUUCCUGACAUCUCCUCUGCUGUGGUGACUUUCCAGAGUGCGAAAGAAAACACCGAUUUCGUGACCAGAUGCCCCCAAAACAGGACAUUCACGAAAAAAGGACUAUCAGUACAGCUUCUCGAAGUCACAGAGCAAGUUGUAGUUGAAGACAUACAGAACUUCAGCGAAGAUCUCCUCCGCCUUUAUUUUGAGAAUGCAGGUGGGGAUGUGGAAAAUGUUGUGCUGGAUGAAGUGGAACAGUCUGUCAUCAUCACCUUUAAAGACCAUAAAGCUGUUCAGAAAAUCAUGAAGAAAAAGCAUCAUAUCAAGCAGGAAGAGAUCAAAGUUUAUCCUUACUAUAAAUCUUUGGGAACAGCCCUUUAUGGCAAGGACAAGCCCUCACUAAAACUCCCUGCUGCUGUCUCUGAACCCAUUGACUAUGCAGUCUGGAGAUACCUAAAUGACAAUCAGUCUGCAGCAGAGGCCAUUCGUAGUCAACUGGCAAAAGACUUCUGCAACGUAAACCUCAACCAGUCUACUGUUUGCCUGAGCCCUGUAUCUUCACUGCUGCAGCUCAAGGAUGCCAAAGCCAUCGUCAAAGAGUGGAGAGAUACUGUUAAGUCAGCCUUUGCGCAAGCGCUGUCAAAAUUCAAAUCCCUGAAGCUUCAGCCAGAGUCAGGGGUAUGGGAAGAAUCUGAGGGGAAGGUCAUACAGAUGCUACUGAAUGAAGAUGUGGUUGUAGUGCCUGAUAAAGCCAAUGGUGUCUUAUCAGUGGUUGGCCUUGUGGCUGAUGUCAACAGACUAGAGCAGACUCUUUGUGAAGUCGUAGACAAGAUUACCAAAAGGGUGCAGAGGGAGAAAUUGAGUGUGACCCAAGAAAUCAAAGUGUCACAGUCAAUUUUCCACAUCCUCUGUCAAGAUGGUCUUCAGGACAAGCUACUACAUGUGUACCCAGAACUCAAAAUGUCAUUUAGUAAAGACAGUGCAGAUUUGAUACUAACUGGCUUAAGGGAAGAGAUUUUGGCAGCAAGCAAAGUCAUAUAUGAUGCCAUGUUUGCAUUAAAACGACAGAAUUUAGAAAUAGAUAACUAUGUGCUUGAUGUGUUGAAGGAUGAACAACAAGAGGAUCUCACAAAUGCUCUCCUCAUAUCCAAAGGAAUAAAUGCAGCAUUUGAAAUCAAUGCACACAGGGUGCAGCUCCUUGCUGUUUCCGACAGAGAUUUGAAUGAUGCUGAAGAUCAUCUGCGAAUGCUGCUAACAUCUCAGUACAUUAAUGUUGAAGAUAGUAAUGUGCUGGAGAAGCCGGAGUGGCAGGACCUGGUCAGUGAGUUAGAAAAUGAUCACAAUAAGUCAUGCAGAAGAAUUGGAAUCUAUACCACUGAUGAACAAGUCGUAGUGUCAGGCCACAAGGAUAGUGUCACAGGAGUUAGCAGUGAGAUUGUUGACUUCUUAAGACAGAAUGCUCACGUUGAAGAGACGGUUGUGGUCAAGCCUAAUGUCAUAGUUGAAUACAUAGAAAAACUUGACACAUGUUGGUUGGAGCACGUUGAAGACAAAGUGAUGGUGUCUUACAAAAAGGAGGCCAUCUGUUUAAGUGGGUCUAGAGUAGAUGUUGCAGAGUGCAAGACCUUGGUUGAAAACCAGGUCGCUUCUGUGUUAUUUGAUAGUUUAAAGGUAGAUAUACCUGGAGUGAAGAAGUUCUUCCGGGAUAAAGAAGCUAUGUAUGUUACUUCACUCUUGAGUGAAACUGGCUGCCUGGUCCAACUGGUUGAUGGGACCAGUGGUGGACAGGACAGCUUGGCUCAAAGACAGGUAUCAAAGCCUGUAUAUCAGCUUCAGACAUCUGAUGGGGUGGAAAUAGCAGUUUGCAAGGCAGAUCUGUGCAGCUACCCAGUGCAUGCAGUUGUCAAUGCUUCUAAUAACGUCUUGAAACAUAAUGGAGGACUCUCAGCAGCACUUCUUAAUGCUGCUGGCCCUCAGUUGCAGGAUGAGUGUGACAAACUCAUUACCAUGAAAGGACAGCUCAAGUCUGGAGACUGUGUCAUAACUGGUGCAGGGGGCCAGCUUUGCUGCAAAAACAUCAUCCAUGCAGUGGGACCCCAGUUUGAUUCAGCUAAUCCUCAGAAGUCUGUGGCGCUGUUGAAAAGAACCGUUAAAGGAAGCCUAGAACUUGCUGAAAAGAGCGGCUGCAUCUCUGUGGCUCUGCCCGCCAUCAGCAAAAACCUUGGCUUUCCUCUCAAUUUGUGUGCAAUCACCAUCAUCAAAGCAGUGAAGGAACACUGUGAUGAGUAUGAUGACAUCCACCUGAAGAGGAUCCAUUUGGUGAACAAUGACGACAGUACUGUUCAGGCUAUGGAAGCAGCUGUCAGACAGGAGUUUGGAAAUCAUGGUGUCAGUCUUUCUCAACAAGUUCUCCCCAGCCAAACCACCAAGUCUGCCAGUGUGACACAUGUUGGAUCUGCUGUUACUGACCCAAACUGCUUGGGUCAAGUGCAGACCCCAGAGGGCUUGAGCAUCACUCUCACAAAAGGACACAUCGAGAAUGCCACGACGGAGGUGACAGUGAAUACUGCGUCUGAGGAUCUUGCACUGAACAGAGGGGCAGUUUCAAAUGCCAUCUUGGGUGCAGCUGGACCCAACCUUCAGCAGCUGGUAACUGCAAGUAAGGCUAGUGCAAAAGUCGGUGAGGUCAUUGUCACUGAGGGCUGCAACCUGAAGAGCAAGCAGGUCUUUCAUGCAGUUGCACCUCACUGGGACAACGGGCAAGGCACAGCCGAAAAGGCCUUGAGUGGCAUUUUUAAGGAUUGCUUGGCCAAGGCAGAGGACAGUGGUCUCACCUCGAUAUCCUUCCCUGCCAUCGGCACUGGAAACUUGGGUUUCCCAAAAGACCUUGCCGCCUCAUUGUUGCUGGACGACAUCUCAACGUUUAGCAGUAAGAAACAACCCAAGCACCUGAAGAAGGUCGUUAUCAUCCUUUACUCAGGAGAUGCACAGACUAUCCAGGUUUUUAGCGAUGAAUUUAUGAAGAAGUUCCCCAAUGCCUCAGGGAGUCCAGUGCCCGCGAGUUCCCCAAAAAGUCCAGGUCCUUUCUCUAAAGUUGUCUCGAGCUCAGGAAUGCAUGAGACCAAAAUGGGAAAUGUGGUAAUACAGGUGGUAACAGGAGACAUAACCAAGGAAACUACUGAUGUCAUCGUCAACUCCUCCAAUGAAAAAUUUUCCCUUAAGUCAGGAGUAUCGAAGGCCAUUCUCGAAGCAGCUGGUCAGGCUGUUGAAACAGAAUGCCAAACCCUUGGUGCCCAGCCCAAUACAGGCAUGAUACUAACCCAGCCAGGAAACCUUAAGUGUAAGAAGAUCCUCCACCUGGUUGGCCAGACGGACCCAAUAAAAAUCAACAAGGCUGUGAAAGUGGCACUCCAAACAUGUGUGAAAAACUCACACACUUCUGUCUCAUUUCCUGCCAUUGGUACAGGUCAAGGCAACGUACAGGCAAGGCAGGUGGCAGACGCCAUGUUGGAUGCAGUGGUUGAUGUGUUGACCCAAAACACUUCCAGCUCCUUGACGACAAUUCGGAUAGUUAUUUUCCAGCCACCCAUGCUGAAAGACUUCUACAGCAGUAUGCACCAUAGAGAAGCCACUGAACCAAAAGAUAAAGGAGGCUUCUGGGGAAACAUCGGCACCAAAAUCAAAUCAUUAUUUCAGAGUGGAAGUGUUGCCAAGCCACAGAAAGAAGGGGAUUUUGUCAUUGAGGCUCUGAAAGUGGACCCUGCUUCCUUCCACAUCUGCGGUGAGACGCAGACUCAAGUAGACGAUGCCAAGAAGUGGAUCAGUGACCUGAUAUCCAAAGAGAAACACAGCAUGUGCAUUUCAGAUAACUCCAUCCUCAGCUUCUCUGAUGCAGACUACCUGCGCAUGGUUGACAUCCAGAAGACCCUGGGCGUGGCGAUAAGGACCGAGAGCAAGAAGGACCAAGCCUCAGUCACCAUCGAGGGGUUCAGCAAGGGCGUGCUCAAAGCCAGCCACGAGAUCCAUGAGAUGCUGAGGGUGGCAAGGGAUCAGGAGGAGCUGAAGAAGAAAGUGGAGCGGGCGGGCAUGGUGGCGGACUGGCAGUACCAGCAGCAGGGGCAGCAGUUUCAGAGUUGUGACCCUAUGGCCAACUUCAAGCUUGAGCAAGCAUUGGAAAAUAAGCUGCCAAAUGUAAAAGUUACAAUCCAGGGUCAAGACUACACAGUCACAUUGCCAAAGGGACCUGCUACUGAUAACCAGGGAUGCACCCUGCAGAUAAAGCGCAUUGACAAACUCAAAGAUGAAGACACACCUGAGCACUGGGAUGCAAUGCCACCCAACACCUCAUGUAUGGCUGUCACCAUCAAGGCUGGGACAGCAGAGUACACUGAAAUCCUGAAUCUGUUCCAGGCCUCAUGCCAAAGACCAAUUAUUAAGAUUGAGAGGAUCCAGAACCCUGUGUUGUGGAAGAGCCUACAGAUCAAGAAGCGUGACAUGGAGCUGAGAAACAAACACAAGAACAAUGAGAAACGCCUCUUCCAUGGUACCUGCCACACCACUGUGGCCUACAUCAAUGAACACGGCUUUAACAGGAGCUACGCAGGAAAGAACGCUGCUUGUUAUGGCAAUGGCACAUACUUUGCUGUCCAUGCUAAUUACUCUGCUCAAGACACCUACUCCAAGCCCAACCCAAAUGGGGAGAAGUGCAUGUACCUCUGUCGGGUGCUGACGGGGGAUUUCACCGCUGGACAACGGAACAUGAUCACACCGCCGGCUAAGGGCCCCGUCUCUGUUCAGAAGUACGACAGUGUCGUGGACAAAGUGGCCAGUCCUGCCAUGUAUGUUAUCUUCCACGACAGCCAGGCUUGUCCUGAAUAUUUGAUCACAUUCAAGUGACAGACUGAGAUAGCACUGAGAUAACAAACACGUGCCUUACAUUAGACACUGCCUCAAAUAUCAAAUAACUGUUUGCUAUGAAUCAUCAGUGGACUGAUGUAUUUGUUUAUUCUUAGGGUAUUUGAUUUAAACUGCCAAUUAGUGCUAGCAAUAUAAUAACAGUCAUUUUCUAGUUUACAAGCAACCUGUAGUGAUCGAAAAGGUUGGUUAAGAAAGUAUUAGUGGUCAGAUUCAUAUAGUGCCUUGAAAAUAUCUGUCAUACUACAGAAUAAUUAUGCAAAAAAGAAAUCAAAGAAUGAAAAGAAAAUGAGAGGGUUGUCAAAACAAAUCUUUGACUUUAUGUAUGCACUUUGAGCUUUAUAUACUGAACACUGUGCGCUGUGGUGAGGCGCUGAUGGAAAGCACCUACUCUGUACCAGGAAAUAAUGGGAUAAUAAACGAUACUAAAAGCUUGUCUCAGUAUGCAUGUGUUAAUCGGGUUAACAAUCACUUGUGGUUUUGAAAGGAAAACUGAAAGUUAACUGCUGUUCCAGUAAACAAGCUUGUACAAAAAAAGUUAAUACAAGCACACCAUUGUGUUAAUUGUGUUCUGUAUAUUUUGAAGGACAGAUUUUUUUUGAAGCAGGGUUGUAUGGGGUACUACCUACAGUAGAUGUCAGUCGGCAUGCCCCUAGUUAGGAGAAGCAGGCUGGAGUCUGACAUGGAAGCCAAGCAAAGUACUGCUGUGGGGUGCAGGGAGCAACAAAUAUUUUUUAACCACCUUAAAAAGUCCCAUCUAAAAAAAUCAAUAUCAGUUUACGUGUAUGCUAUAUUGAGUGUAUUUCCACUGCUUUACCUUUCCGUCAUACAGCCCUUUUUCGACAGGGAAGCCUUAACAGCUUUAGUUCCCCAUUUAUGCUCUUGUCACAGCCACAAGACUCCAUUGACAGAAACAGUAAUUUUAGCUAGCUGAACACCUGAGUCAGCUUCAACCAGUUAGUUUGUGUUCUUUUGUAACUUUGGUGAAUCCAAACUAACUCUUUUCAACGCUGAAGUCACACAAUAACACAAACAAAGUAACUGAAUGAGGCAGCAGACGACCAGCAGCUCCUGUGGUCAGCAGUGUUAAAUUGCUGUUUUUUCUCAAUGGAGUCUGGCUUUGAAGAGACAUUUUCUUGUUGGAAGUCACUGUUUGACACUGACGUAAAACAGUGUAAAUACUCUCAAUAUAGCAUACACUUAAACUGAUUUUUUAGGUGGGACUUCUUUUAAGUGGCUAAAAUACAUUUUGUUGAUGACCCCUCCACAGCAAUACAUUGCUUAGCUUACAUGUCCCUCUUCAGUCUGCUUCUCCAAACUGACUGCCGACUGACAUCCACUGUAAUAUACUGUCUGUGGAUAAGUGCCCCAUACAACCCCACUUCAAAAAAAUCAGAACUAUUCCUUAAAUGUAAAGUUAAUCACUUAAGCUAUACUCUUGUGUUCACCUGUUGUCUAUUAGAGCAGUACACACAGUAAAAUCAGGGUGUGUACAGGUCCUUAAAAAGUCUGAAAAUGUCUUCAAUUAAGUUUUCUUAAUAUAAGGCUGUAAAAAGUCUUAAAUUGUCCUAAAUUCACAUUCUUUUUGCAUUAAACUUAAACUCACCCA